AAUAAAGAAGAGCAAAAAAGCAAACGAAACCCGAAGAAAAUCCCCAAAGAAGAAGAAAAUCUUCUCAAUUUCAUUGGCAUUAUGUUGCGCCGUCGAAACCCAUCAACAUCGCCGCUAUUGGCAUCAUCAGAAGCAGUUCCGGCAGCUUUGACCAUGUCAUGUUGGUCCUGGCAGCUUGUCUUAUUGGGAUUAUUUUCCAUUGUCAUGCAAUGUGAUGCACGUGCGGUAAAUGUCAGCAACACUUGGACAAUGCCACAGGAGGGUCUUAAUGUCUUUUAUCGCUUCUUUCGGGAUCGGAUAUCAUGGUUUGAGGCCGAUGCUGUUUGUCAAUUCCAUCAUGCCAAUCUGGUGACAGUCGACAACAGUUUUCAAUUUGAUGCAACCAGAGACCUUUUAAGAGAAUUGGAUGUUAACGACAUCGUUUGGAUUGGUCUUAUGAGACCACAAAGCUCGGAUCGUUUUAUGUGGUCUAGCAACUCUCGACCUUUAGUGGCUGACACUGGCUAUUGGGCAGAAUCUUUGCCUUUAAUGGAUGCACCUCUCUGUGCUGUUAUUGAUCCCAUUCGUGAUUAUCGUUGGCAUGCCUUGCGCUGCGGAGGUCCAGAAACAGCUUCGUUCUUAUGCGAAAUGCCAGUUCCGACAUGGGCUGACAUUUGCAUCCUCAAGGAUAUGCCAAAUUUAACAAUGCAAUAUAUGGCCGAUACAGCAAGCAUUGAACUGAUUCGCAAUUGCCAGGAAGAAGGUCUUCUGAGGACAACAUGCCGUGGCAAACAGGAUCGCGAUAGAGCAAUGCAGGAUUUGAUAUGUCCCCGUGAACGCCUUGAAGCUCAACGCAUCAAUGACAUCACCAAUUCCCACUUUAAGUCCUUGCAAAUCAUCAACAGCAUACCAUCGGACAACAAUGAGAACAAUGACAUUGAACUUCUACCCAUGGAUAUCAACUAUGGCAGCCAUUAUCCUGAGGAGUUGCAAACCGAGAAGAAUACCGUGCAACGUUUGAUUGAACAAUUCAACGUGGACGAACUAAUGCAAGCCGACGAACCUGCCAAUAUGGAAACUGUGAGCUCAUUUUACAAAAUCCCCGGUCUUAUACCCAAGCCGGUAAAGAAAUCGGCCAAGAAGGUGGUGGAAUAUCCCAAAAAGGAUAAUGGUGGCAAAAAGCAGGCCACAGCCGCAACACCAAAGAAGGAUAAAAAUCGUAUGCCUUUGGAAAUGGAUGACAUGAUGUUGGGUGAUCAGCCUCAGGGUGAGCCGGAGAUGCCCGAACAAAUUCUAAAUGAGGAAGUGUCCAAUGAAAUAAUGGAGCCAUUGCCUCACAUUAAGAAGACUAAUAUUCACAAAGAGGCCAUGGAGAAAAUGGAAAAGGAGGCCAUAGCCAUGAAGGAGAUAAUGCAAAAGAACAAGGAGAGAGAGGCAAAGAAGUUGAUGGCAACAACAACAACCACCACAACAAGCACCACAGAGGCGACCAGCACUAGCACAGAAGAGCCUAGAACUUCAUCUCCCACCUCAUCCUCUACUACAGCAGAGGUCGUUGUCUCCACCAGCACUGUUAAGGAUUUGGAUGCCACCACCCAGCAACAGCAGCACCAUCAACCUUCUCAUCUAGCAGAGGAGUCCACCACAGAUUUGGAAUUGACCCAUGGGGCAAGUUCUACCAUACCCCCUGCCACCAUAGGUCAUCCAAUGCAUCCACAACAACCGCGUAGCAGUGUCAUUACCGAGGAAACGGCUCAUGCCCAUGUCAAGGAGUCAGCAGACAACUCCCAUUUCAUACCACCCAUGUUAAUGGUGAAAUCUCAUUAUGUGCCGCAGGCCAACAAACAUGGCCACAAUGAACAUUCCCAACAUGGCUUGACUCAUGGAGAGCACUUGGACUACUCGCCAUCAUCCACCUCCAGCCCCAGUCAUGGCAAUGAAGAUGCAACAAUAAAGGGCCACUCGGAAGUGACAUUACUGCUGACACCAACUACAACAACAACAACAACAGCAGCGGCACCCUCAGCCAAAGUGAUAGAUUUCGAGCCGACCGCACUACAGGCCAGGGGCCAACUUAGUCAGAAAAUUGCCAGCGAACUAAUAACGGAAGAAGAAACAACGGAAAAUGGCAACAUGAUACCAAUUACGACACAGCGUCAGCAACAGCAUAAACAGGAAAAGGAUCAGGAUCAGGAUGAAGAUGCAAAUGUGAAUCCUCAAAUUAUGAAUGCGGAAGAGGAAAUUGCAAAAACUCAACCAGAAUCAACGCUAGUCAGCAGUACCACCACCUAUGCCACCAUGGAGCCAGCAGCCGCUACAGCUAUGCCCCUAUCAUCUUCCAGUCAAAGUUCCCCCGAACAGACCACACUAAAGCCAGUGGAGGAACAAGCAACUCGCUAUGCUGUGGGCGAUGCCUUUGCAGCCAAGGAUUUGAAUACAGCCAAAAGUCUAAAAUCCAAACCUCGCUUGAAUAUGGCAUCGGUGGAGACGAAACCAACCACAAAGCAAGAAGAGGUGACAACAACAUCACCACUAAUCCCAAAAACAGCACAUUCUACUUGGGCAACAUCUGGAGCAGAAAAUACCGCAGACCAGCAACAUGAAAUGGUGACAACUACUACUCCCAAUGCUCUUGUUGCAGAUGAACAAAUCAAAUCUUUGGAUAGGGGCAGCAUCGAGCUGCUAACAAAAACUCCAACUACUGAUGUGGACAAAGACCAACUGUAUUUUGAAAGCAAAAGGGACCAAGAAGAACUAUCGCCAAAAAUCCAAGAAACAACAACCACCAUCACCAUUGAGCAUGCCAACACCGACACAAUUGCAACAGGAAUAGGGCAACAACUUGCAACGGAUAUACAAACAUUGGCUACAUCCGGUGAAAUGAAAUCUGCAAAUGAACAACACAAAACAGUAGCCAUAGUGGCUACAGAGGAGGCGACCGAACCCAUUCCCGAAACUCAGCCAGCUCAAGCGGAUGCAAAGGAUGUUAUCGUGGAGAAUGAAAAAGCUGCACACAGUUCAUUGGAGCCAACAUCCUCUACUACCACCACCACCGACGCCCCAGUCAUUGUAACUACAACAGCGAAACCCACCACAGAAACAAAUGAGAACACCACCAAUGGCAGCACCACGCCGACUACAGAAAGCUCCACAACAACAUCCAGCAGCACAUUAACUUCUUCCUCAAGCGCACCUUCAGAGGCAGUUGCUUCGUCCUCAUCACCAUUGCCAUCAUCAUCUACCACUACGACGCCAUCAACAUCAUCGCCACCACCACCACCGCCAACAACAACAUCAUCGUCCCCAUCGUCGGCGUCGUCGUCUUCGUCAUCCUUUGAACCUGAGACUACGAGGAAUUUCUUAAAAGUCACCACUGAAAUGCCAUUUAAACCAAAUCGUCGACGUUCUCUAACCAAACCGGAUACCGUGAGUUAUAUGAAGAAAAUUCUAGGUUAAGAAAUUCUAACAACCACAAAAAAUACAACAAAAAAAAA